AUGGAUAGAGUUGCCAAUCUUUCCGGAUGGUCGUGGACCUUCAUCCUCGAAGGCAUUUUCACCAUUUUAUUCGGCAUCGUAUCUAUCUUCCUCGUUCCUCGUACGAUAGAAGACGUUAGGUUCCUCAACAAGCAAGAAAAACGGCGCCACGCACGGGUUUUAUACCAAGAUGAUUAUGGACAUCAUCAAACUCACCAGUUUUCAUUCAAAGAGGUUCUGCGCGCCUUUAUGGGUAUCCACGUUUGGUUUGGUGGAGUUAUGUCGUUUACGAUGGGUGCGAAGCUGGCAGGUGUCGCAUAG